GAAUAGCACCACGAUGUCUCUAGACAGCAACACUGCCACGUUCCCACUCAAAUCUCACAUCUCCAAGGGCCACCUCGAGUACCAGCGCCUCGCAGGCUUCCAAGUAGCAGCGCGCAAUCUCUUCAGCGCCAGUGCCCGGCUCUCUGACCCAACAUUUUCCGAAGUGAGCUCGGGCACGCAACCCACAUUUUCCACCGUGUAUUGGAACGUCGACACCGUCGGUUCUCUUGCGUCUGAGCAUUUCCAGCUUCCCGAUGGCGUAUACCCAAACACUUGCUCCCAAGGCUACUCAGAUCCGACAGACCAAAUCGUCUCGUCCCUCUCGCGUCUCAUCUUCCGCAGCGCUGUCGCCGCUGGACGUGAUGCGCCGUCGCUGUAUGGGAACUAUGAGCAAGAUGUUGCAGUGCAGCAGACGACGUCCGAGGUCGUAUACGUGAGCCACUACGUGUUCUACUACAUUGCGGCGGCUAUCAUGGUGGUGGCGAUGUUGGGCACGAUAACGACGCUGCAUGGAUGGUGGAGGCUCGGUAGGGCCGUAUCGAUGAGUCCCCUAGAGACUGCGAAGGCGUUUAGUGAAGAACUCUUGCACGGGGAUGGCACUUCGAAUGCAGAGGUGGGGGACUUAUUGCGGGUUGUUGGGCGGAGAAGGGUGAUGUACGGAGAGAUCGUGAUAACGGAUAGCCAAGGAGUAAGAGAGAGGAAGGUCUUGAGAUUUGGGCAUCCAGAUGAUGUGAGGGCGCCUGUUCGAGGAGAUGUCUUCGAGUGAUUUUCAGACGAGUCGAAACUUCCCCAGAGUCGACGAGACUCCAACGAACGACGCAAACUUCAAUUUGAGUCCCGAUGAGAACAAGCACAAGAAAUGAAAAGUCCUCAAUCAGCGGACCAUAGACAGACCCCGUAUUAAACAUACAGAAGGCGAGAGCCAUCAAAGAAAUCUCGUACCGAGUCCGGAGGUCUUCCAUGGUAUGGUGUUCUGCGUGCUCUUUUCAAAAUAUUUCAAGGUAAAGCGGACACAGGAGCGAAGGGCAUAGUGGGAAUAAGUAGUUGGCGGGUGCUGUGGUAUUUCAUCUUCAAUUCCGC